AUGAGGUUUACAGCAAUAUUGCUUCGCCGAUCGACUCCAAAAUGGUUUAAAUCCGGCCGAACAGCAGGAUUGAAUUGUUUCGAUGUUAAACAUGCUGAUCUAGCUGUUUCGAGGCAUUUUACUCGAACUAUGGGUCAAAUGUAUGGUCUGGACACAGGAGUAGAGGAUAUGGUAUGUUUCUCGUUUUGUUAAUUUGUUAUUUUUUAAAUUUAGAAGUUGUUUUUGGGAACAAAAGAAGCAAAGUACAGGAAGUUGGGUAGUCAGAAGGUGAAACAGUUAUCCGGGUUAUAUCAGGAGAAGAUAGCCAAUAUUGUGUCAGAGAACGAAAAACUAUGUAAAAUGAAAGUGGAGAUAUCUGGUGUUAAGGUUCCAAAGACUUUGUGUGAGAUACAAGUGUUUUGGGUUUGUCAAGGAGACGAAAUGGAUGAAGUAAGGAUAAUGUAAUUAUUUUAGGUAUAAAAAAGUAAUAUGCACCUGUAGUAAUAAAAUGUUGAUAAUUACUUAUUCUUGUAAUUUUGUAGUAAAAUAUUUUAUUUUCGUUGUUUCAGGUGAUUGAAAAGAACCUGGAAGAAGUUUCAUCGGAUCUGAGACGAGCGCUGACAUCUCAAUGCUUUGGAACUAAUGUUCCUCCACUCAGAUUUGUUCCAGACAGAAGUUUAUUAAUAAAGAAGGUAAGGUUUUUUGCUAAUUUAUUAAUUUUAACUUUAGGAAAUGGAUCAACUGUUUGAAAUGGCAGAUUACGGUGUACAAUAUCGAACUCUGAGUCAAGCAGCAGCCACUUUGGGAUCAAAAAGUGAUACUGGAAAGCCAAAAGACAUUGACAAGAUUCCUGCGUGGAGGUUGAAGCAAUAA